AUGAAAGUUUUAUACGCUCUGCCGGAAACUCGUUUCUACUCCACACUAAGAAACGCCUUUAAAACGAGCGGCACGGAGCUGACCCAGGAGGAAAGUAGUCCCGCCGUCAGGUCGCUCCCGGGCCGCGCCUGGCGACCGACUCAGCCCCCGUCCCGGGUCGCCGGCUGGGGGCGGAGGCCGGGAGCCCAGGGGGCGCACGACAGACUCCGGCUGCGCAUCCGGGGCUCCCCUGGGGGCUGCGCGGGGCGGCGCAGGCGUCCCGGGAGCUCGGUCCCUGGCUCCGGCUGGGUUGCGGCCGGGGGACCAGGGCGCAGCGUGCUCGCCGCCGUCGGGCGCCUCCUGCGCCUCCGCCCGGGGCGCGUCCCCCGCUGCGCCCCGGGAGCGACCCCAGAAGCCGCGCGGCGGCCCGUCACGUCUCUCCGGCCCCCCGGUCACCCCCAGUGCUCCGGCGGCGGGGCCCUCGGCGGCUCGGAGCCCCCGGGCUCCUCAGAGAAGGCCCAUAGGGUCCCCGCCGAGCGCAAGCCGUCGCAAUUCGACAGGAAAAUCCUGCUGUGGACCGGGCGUUUCACAACGAUGGAGGAGACCCCGCCUCGGAUUCCGCCAGAAAUGAUAGAUGCUGCAAGAAACAGAGCGCGAGUGAAAGCUUGUUACGUAAUGAUUGGACUCACAAUCAUCGCCUGCUUUGCAGUGAUAGCGUCAGCCAAAAGGGCUGCAGAACGACACGAAUCUUUAACAAGUUGGAACCUGGCAAAGAAGGCAAAGUGGCGUGAAGAAGCUGCGUUGGCUGCACAGGGCAAGGCUAACUGAUGGUCUAACUGACAAAGUGAUCAUCAGGACAUCAUCACUGUUAUCAGCAACAAUAAAAGAUAGGUAAAAGAGACCAUUUAACAAAAUACUUGCCAAGGUUUUAUUUUGGUAACAAGAACCACAAAGUCUUUUUUAUUUCUACUUUUUAGUAAACUUUUGUGGAAGUAUAACAUACAUUCAGAGAGUGCACAAAAGUGUAUAAAACUUGAUAGAUUUUUUACAUAGUGAACACACUUGUAUAACCACUGCCCAGGUCGAGAUGUAGAACAGCACCAAGAGCACCUCAGAAGCCUCCUUUCGGCCCUCUGUCAGUCAUUACCCUCCACAGAUAACCAUUGUUGUGAGUUUUAUCACCAUAGAUUAUUUUUGCCUGUAUUCAGACUUCAUAUAAAUAGAAUUACACAAUAUACACUUGUGAGUGUGAAUUCUUAUACUCAGCAUUAUAUUGUGAGAUUCAUCCACAGAUUGUAGCAUGUGUUCGUUCAUUUUUAUUGUGUUAUAGUAUUCCAUUGUAUGAAUGUGCCACAGUUUAUCUGAAUAUUUGGUCCAGUUUUUGGCCACUAAAGAUACUGCUAAAAUGAGCAU